GACUACAAUCGACAAAAACAUCAACAGCAAUGAUUCGUGAAAUAGAUAAUCGUGUACAACAUCAAACAAGUUCACUUGUCUAUCGUGAUUUAGUAUGCACUCCAGAAGGUGUUUCAACAAUCAAAAAUCGAAAACAAAUUCAAUAUCGGCGACAAAAACACUUGAAUCAACUGAAAUUGACACAGGAUGAUAUGUUUGCAUUGUAUUCAAUUGGACUGCACCAUUUGGAGUUUGUGCGUUAUUUUUUGGUUUUACCACAAUUGGUUAUUAUAUGUGCACAUAAACAAAUUAUCGACUUGUUCAAUGCAUUAUUAUCCAUGACGACCUCAAAAAUCGUCAUUAGUUAUGAUACAACAUUCAAUCUAACCGAUGGCUAUGUUAGUUCAUUAAUUUACCGCCACGAUGCAUUUGAGUCUCAGCCAGCAAUUGUGCUUGCGUAUAUGAUACAUGAGACAAAACAAGAAUGGGCGCACACUUGUUUGGUUCGUACAAUAAAAGAUUUAUGUUCGGAAAUGGAAAAUAAAUGUGUAAUGAUUAGUGAUAAUGAAACGGCAUUCAAAAAUGCAUUCCAAAAAGAAUGUCCGAAAUUGAUCCAACUUCGUUGCCAUACACAUUUAUAUCGAAAUAUUUAUCGACAAACGCUCAAAUAUCGUCCAUCAAAAAAGAAGCAAAACAACGAAACGACAGAAAUGGGUUAG